GGCGGGGUGUAGGAGGGCCAGGUCGGAAAGAUGGCGCUGUGUGUGCUGCGGAACGCGGUUCGCGGAGCGACGGCGCUGCCCAGGCUGAAGGCAUCCCUCGUGGUCAGUGUCUGCAAGCCUGGGUACAGCUCCUUGUCCAAUCACAAGUAUGUCCCUCGGAGGGCAGUGCUCUAUGUGCCUGGGAAUGAUGAAAAGAAAAUAAGGAAGAUCCCAUCCUUGAACGUAGAUUGUGCCGUGUUGGACUGCGAGGAUGGUGUUGCAGAAAACAAAAAGAAAGAAGCUCGAUUGAGAAUAGCAAAAACUCUUGAAGACUUUGACUUGGGUACCACGGAAAAGUGUGUGAGAAUCAACUCGGUGUCUAGUGGUCUGGCUGAAGCCGACCUGGAGACAUUCCUACAGGCCAGAGUUCUUCCCUCUAGUCUGAUGCUACCAAAGGUAGAAGGUCCUGAAGAAAUCCAGUGGUUUUCAGACAAAUUUUCACUCCACUUAAAAGGCCGAAAACUUGAACAACCUAUGAAUUUAAUCCCCUUUGUGGAGACUGCAAUGGGUUUGCUCAAUUUUAAGGCAGUGUGUGAAGAAACACUAAAGAUUGGACCUCAAGUGGGUCUUUGCCUAGACGCAGUCGUUUUUGGAGGAGAAGAUUUUCGAGCCAGCAUAGGUGCAACAAGCAACAAGGACACCCACGACAUCCUCUAUGCCCGGCAGAAGAUUGUUGUCACGGCAAAGGCCUUUGGCCUACAAGCCAUAGAUCUUGUGUAUAUUGACUUCAGGGAUGAAGACGGACUUCUCAGACAGUCAAGAGAAGCAGCCGCCAUGGGCUUCACUGGUAAACAGGUGAUCCACCCUAACCAGAUUGCUGUGGUACAGGAACAGUUUACUCCAACCCCAGAAAAAAUUCAGUGGGCUGAAGAGCUGAUUGCCGCCUUCAAAGAACACCAGCAGCUGGGAAAGUCUCCAAUUACACCGAAGCGUGGCCGGAGCUGGCAGUUAACGCUGGGUCGUUUAUGUUUUCUGAUAAUGGCAGUAGUGAGAACUCUACCUUCUCUCCCCAUCUCUCUAAACGACAAGGCUUGUAUCACAAGCAGGGAGCCUUUACUUUCCGAGGAAGUAUGAUCGACAUGCCAUUACUGAGGCAGGCCCAGAACAUUGUUACGCUUGCCACAUCCAUCAAGGAAAAAUGAUCUGUUAAAUGAAGCCCUCCUCAGGCGGGCUGAAUGGAUACUGCGUGUUUCUUAAAGACAAGCCGCAGCACCCAGGGCAGCUCGCUACCAUGCCGGAUCAGGACUUCAUUUCACGUUAGUCACAACGCCCCCUCCCCUUGUAUCUCACUGACCUGUUAUGCUAAAAAUAAACUUCCUUCCUUUGGCAAUCUAA